AGUCAGUCUCGCCGUGGUCGUCGCGAUAGUUGCAGGUCGUCGUCGUCGUCGUGGUGUCGCGUUCGUUAGUUAGGGAAGUGAUACACAGGUCCGCUUCGAAAGUGCACUUCGUGUCAUUAUUUUUUUUGGAUCGGAAAGAAAUACUUUUUGCAGAGCGUGGAGAAGCGUAUUUUGGAUAAUGAUAAGCGGGGGCAACUGGGAAGCCCUUUGCUCUAAACCCUUUGCAAAAUUUUAAUUAAAUUAUAGUGCUGUGAAGUGCGACGCGACGGGGGGGCGAGUUCAGUUAAGGGGAAAAGCCUGCUGGACAGAGAGAUAUUAUAGUUCUAGUUGAAGCAAAGCGAAGGAAGAAAAAUAAAGAAGAAAAUGGAGCUGUUUUAAAGUGGAUAAACGUAGCAAAUGUAUUUUUAGCUGUUUUUAAAACGCGUGUAAUUGAAACGUUGAAGUACUCAAAACUACAAAACUUUACAAUGUGCACAACUCCGUAAUACAAGACAAUUAGAGCUUCUGGCAGAGAAAGUGUUGCUAAUCUUACGGUUUAAUAUAGAGAGGAAUAGAAGGAACAAAUCACGCCCCUUAUCCAGCGAUAAAAUCUUCAACCAUCCCCAAAACUCUUCCCACCGUUUUAAUGUUGGUGGUGCUCCGUGUUUGGCAGUGAAAUAGUGUCACCAAUAAAGUGUAUCCUUGCCCCCAUUUACGUUACGCUGCUGCACUUACUUGCAGUCGCGAGCAGUGUGCCUGUUCCGGUUAAAGCAAAGCCGAAACCGCCCCAUCCGUAGUCGUCCUCUUAAGGGAGCGUGAAAAUCUGCCACAAGAAGUAAAGCAAGAGGCGUUAAACGAUGGCUUGUCACGCGAAUCUGUCCUGCGUUUGCACCUACAUAACAACUAAAUUUGCCACCAUAAUGGACUUCAAACAGAACGGGUCGCCAACGGCAUCAGCAGCAGCAAGUUCCUCCCAACAGCAACAACCGCUCGUCGGUGGCGUUCUGUACGGUAGCGAUGCGCGCAACGGAAGCUCCACCGUUCGCUUGCAAUCCCUAAAGCAAAACCAGCUGACGGGGCCAAACCCUUCCUCGACCGCCGGUCCACCGCUGCGCCGAAGAUGUCGCAGCGAAAGUCUUCCAAUGGCACCGCUCCUGUACGGUUCGGCGGACCAGCAGCAAAGCCGAUCGAAAAAGAGCACCCUCCAAGGUCACGGCCACCAUCCUGCGCACCUCAGUAGCCAACAUAGGCAAAAGUUCGCCCCGGGGCAGGAUCAUCAUCCUGCCGGCGGACCGGGCGGCCUGUACAUCGAAUCGUUCGCCCUGCAGCAGCAACCACACCCGGGCAACCGGAAAGUUCCACUGCCACUAGCGACCCACGAACUGCUGCCCACGAUCGCAACGAGCGCUUCCAAUGCUAUCGGCAGCAACGGGCAGCAGCAGCAGGCGAAGGAAAACGUCGCACAAAACCAUCUGUACGGGGCGGGCGUGAACGCGAAGGAUGUGUACAUGAGCGAGCUGGACGGGCUGCGGAAGGAUCGGCGCAACGGGGGCUACUACGUGCCAAACGAGCUGCAGCUCGAGUCGCGCUUCGCGCGCAACCUCGAGGCCAACUUUGCCACGCGCGCCACCAUACUGGAGCGCAGCAGCGGGCGGAAGCUGCGCGCCCGGAGCGAAUCGGAACCGCAGGAGUUUAUGUACCACAGUGCCCACAGGAACGGUGCCGGCUUCAGUGCCGGCGGCGGCGGCGGUAGCAGCUUGCUCGCGGGCCAGCGCACGGCCGGCCACCACCAUCACCAUCACCUUCAUCACCUUCGACACAGUAGAGAUAACACACUGAAACGAACUCGUGACACCAUCUCGCCAACACUCGAAGCGGACGAAUCGUACGCCAUGCUAACAGGCGAGGAGGACACGGCCCUCGGUAGCGAAGCGUCUUUAUCGUCUUCAGCAGUCAUCACGUGCGUACCGGUGCACUGUCCGAAAGAUUCACCUCCCUCAAAAAUGGUAAACGCAGCCGACGAGAUGGAUGUUAGCGGUGAUCAUGUGCUAUCCUCGAGCAGAACCGUUGCCGACCAGCAGCAGCGUGUCAAACCGGCAAAGAUCCUGACCGGCACUGCCACCGGCCAGUCCCGAACGGCCAAAGUAACCGUGCGAGCGAACCGUGUCGGCAUUAACAGGCUAAAGCCCAAACUAGCCAGCACACUGACCAGCACCGGCGUGGUCGGCACGUCCGUCCCGGGCGAAACGAAACGCAAAUCGGCCUCCCCGCAGCCGCAAGCAAAGGGCACCGCCGGUUCCUCCAUCAUUGGCGUGGUGCACAAUACGGGCAGCUCGUCGCCGACACCGUCCGGCGUUUCGGUCGGCACGAGCGGCGGCGAAUCGGUCCACACGCAGGACCUCGACGCGGAAACGAUCGACCAGUCGGAUGCGGGCGAUGAUGACGAUCUGGACGACGAGUGUAACGGGGAGGAUGACGAUCUCGACGACGAGAUCGCGAUCAGCGGCGACGAGGUGCUGGACGACUCGCUGACCGACUCGGAGGAUAACUAUCGGUCGUAUCUGGCCGCGGCCUACCAGAAGCCAAAGUCCCACUCGGGCUCGCCGUCGCCGUCGCUCGGCAACAGGGCGCCGGCCGUUACGUCGAUCGGCAGUGUCGUGGGCGGGUACGCACCGGCCGGUCCGCUCGCACCGAGCCUGUUUCCCUACGUCCCCCCCUACCUGACGUUUGCGACGCACGAGGAGAAGGGCCCGCCGAUGCCGCCCGCCAUUCACAAGGUGUUGAAGUGGAAGCUGACGCUCAUCACACCGAUCGUCGUGCGCAAGGUGCUGCUAAACAGUGGCUUUAGGUUAUUGAAAAAAACGAACGACUGGAUCGGCAUCUGGGGCCGGCACAUGAAGAGCACGCUGUUCAAGACGCUGCGACCGUACCAGAAGUUUAACCACCUGCCCGGCAGCUUCCAGAUCGGGCGGAAGGACCGGGUGUGGCGCAACCUGCAGACGCAGAUGAACCGCCACGGCAAGAAGGAGUUCGGUUUCAUGCCCCGCACCUACAUCAUACCUCAGGACUUGAAGAUGCUGCGCCAGAUGUGGCCCCGGUACAACCAGCGCAACUGCAAGUGGAUCAUCAAGCCGCCGGCGUCGGCCCGCGGCACCGGCAUCAAGGUGGUGAACCGCUGGUCGCAAAUACCGAAGCGGAAGCCGCUGAUCGUGCAGCGGUACAUCGAGCGGCCGCUGCUGAUCAACGGCAGCAAGUUCGACCUGCGCCUGUACGUGCUGGUCACGUCGAUGAACCCGCUGCGGGUGUACAUGCACACGGACGGGUUGGCCCGGUUCGCGUCGGUCAAGUACAGCGAGAAGUCGGAAACGCUCAGCGACCGGUACAUGCAUUUAACGAACUACAGUAUUAACAAGCUGUCGAACAACUACGCCCAGAACGAGGAUGCGGACGCGUGCCAGGGCCACAAGUGGACGAUCAAGUCGCUGUGGUCGUACUUUGCCGAGCAGGGCAUCAAUGUCGACCGGCUGUGGGGGGCACUGCGCAAUCUCGUCCUGCGCACGGUGCUGGCCGGCGAGGGCUCGAUACACGCGAUGUCGAAGGUGAACGUGGGCAGCAAGUACAACUGCUACGAGCUGUUCGGCAUCGAUGUGCUGCUCGACUCGGAGCUGGUGCCGUGGCUGCUCGAGGUGAACAUUUCCCCCUCGCUGCAUUCGGCAUCGUCGCUGGAUCUGUGUGUGAAGGGGCCGCUGGUGAAGGCGCUGCUUAACACGGUGAUGUAUCAGGUUCCCCCGAGAAUACCGAUGGCAGAGCAGAAGGAGAUACUGAAGGAGCAGGGACUGGAGGGCCCGCUCUGCUUCGACAAGCGCAUCUACACGACGGGAUUGUCUAAGACCGAAAGACUGAAACACACCCAAUUCAUCCAGAAGGACAUGGCGCGGGAAGAUUAUCUCAACACCAUACUGGAAGAGCUAACGCCCGACGAUGUGCGCUGCCUGCUGCUGACGGAGGACGAGCUGGCGCGCAGUGCUCCGCUGGAGCGAAUCCUGCCGGCCCCGAACAGCUACCGGUACAUUGGGUUUACCGAGAAUCCUCGGUACUACAACCGGCUGCUCGACGCCUGGGAGCACCGGUACGGCCAUAACCGGUCGGAGGGUAUCGCACUGCUGCAGUCACUCUGUGAGCGAAAGGUGCACCUGCAGGUACCGCCCAGCACGCUAAAGAAGGACUGCAACAAUAAACCACAAACGGAUAGUACAAACAGCGAGAACGGCUCGCAGGACAGUGGCAUCCACACGGAGCAGACCAGCCUGUCCGAGCUGCCGUCCCAGGAGUCGUCCUCAAUGUACCAGUCGCAGGAAUCGAUCGACCAGCUGCCAGAGGAUACGCCCCGCCGCAAGCCGAUCACGACGGCCUCCGUGACAACCACCACCCCCAACGGUACAGCUGAACCGCCGGCGACCGCGACCGACGAACCGCCAUCAUCGCUCGUCGUCACCGCGCAGCCCAUUGUAAUCCGUGCCAUUUAUCCACCGGGUAGCAACAAUCUGCUCAGCACCCAGACGAUAGAGGUUCCGGUCGCGGUCCUGGCACCGGCCGCCGAACCGACCGGUGCAUCGCGCGACCCGGCACCGACGAUCGAGGGUGACAACGGUAACGACGGCAUUCGGUUGGGUGACAAAAUUAAGCAAAUCCUAGACGACGCGUUGCUGCUGAAGCAACAAGAGUGUGGCGGCGAUACGGAAAACACGAUAAUCGUACAGGAAUAGUGGUGUACUACAACACCCACCCGGGGGGCGGGUGUAGUAGCAAUGGAUGGGGACUCCCGUUCAGUUCGAAAUAGAAAUAGUUUGCAUGCUUGUUAAACACAUACACACACACACACUCUGUGUUCAAAAAAUCAUUGUUCUCUCCUUUGACUGUAGGCGAUCUUGCUCUUCUGCCCAUGAUGUACAAGGGUGUGCGGUGUGUACUCACCCGUUGCCCUUGUUCGGGGUGUGUUCGCUGUCGAUGUAAUAAUGGGCCAGUUUAUACAAAUUGUGAUCAGUAAGGUGUUUUCUAAUAAUAGUAGCGUGAAUCUGCCUAUAAACUUAUCUACUAAAAACGAUUUUAUGAGAAAAGAAAACGCAAAGCCCUCCCCCCAACAAACUCUACUUUCCACGUUCGCGACGCGUGGUUCAAUGCUGCACUCGAUCGAGGAGGGAGCGACAAGGUAGGAAAGAAGCAAAACCCCAAGUAGGCUAAAUUAAAAACGGGCUGUAGCGUGCGACAACCGACAUGUGUGCGUGUGUGUAUGUCUGGUUGUUAAAAUAUUCAAACUUAAGCGAUUGAUAGUAAUUGGCAGUCACUCCGAAGGGUGACUGUGUCGUCCCCCCUUACUUAGUGACACACGCGCUAAGGUAAACUGUGGACUCGUGUGUUAGAUGUUAGACGAUCGCGUGAUGUCGUGAUUUAGAAGGAUACACACAACUCAAAACAAAAACGAAAGUAAAGACACAGGAUGGUAAAACUUGGUUAAUGUUACUAGGAAGCGAUUGAAAACAAACAAACAAACAAACACAUUGAUUGAAACUAGA